AUGUGGGAACUCGCUAUACCCAUGUUGAAGGCUGUCGAGGGUCACCUAGCUGUAACUUACAGCCUUUUUCAUUCAAUCAAUAGUAUGAAAAGGAUGUCUUAUUCAGCUGAAGAUCUUGAUUCAAAAUUCGUAACAGAUGAAUUUAAUAAUACUGCACCACUGACAAUCAUUUCCUUAAAUCAUUCACAUACUUAUAAUAAAAAACAACAUCAGCACCAUUCGAAACUAAAACCAGUCAUACCUCAUCAUAACCAAAAUGAUAUUCCAUCUUCGACAUCUACAGAAAAUGGAAAUGAGACUCAAGAAGUGAUCAUUGUCUCAAAAGAAGUUACAACUGAAUCUGACUUAAAACGCCAAGGUUCAUUUCGUCCAGUCACCGUUAGUCAGCCAUCAUCAUACUACGAAAAUGUUAGAUUAGAUAAAGCACUCACACAAGAACAACAAACUUCAACGACCUGUAAGACUAAUUUAUCCGACGAUGAGGAAGUAGGAGAUAAUGAUGAUGAUGAUGAUGAUGAUACAUCGAAUUCAAGCAAUAUUUCGUGUGGAAACGACGAUAACGAAUUAGAUAGUAGUUUUACGGAUGAAGAUUCAAUUAAUACAACUACAAAUCAUUGUGUUCUUAUUUAUGGACGUGAACGUGCAGGCAUUGGUCGACGUCUUUCACUUCCACAUGCACUAAGUGCUACAGAUGAUUCUUUAUCAGGAAAUUCUCAGUUAUCCUAUCAUACAUGUCUAAUAUGUUAUGAAGAUAAACCUUUACGUCCACUUGCUCAAUGUUGUCAAUCACCAGUGUGCUCGGAAUGUUUACAAUUUUUCAUCGAAAUACGCGUUAAUGAAGCGCAAAUAAAAAUUCCAUGUCCAAUAAAAGAGUGUACAUAUAUAAUGACAAGGGAAGAAAUAUUGAAUUAUUUAGAUCAGAAUCAAGAACUGAAAGAAAAAUAUAAACGAUUCUAUGCAGAUAUUAACAAGGAAAUUAAUAUCAAAACAUGGUACGUGCAAGGGAGAAUUUAA